AGUUUAUUUGAUGUUCUUCAGCAUAAGUGUUGAUUUUUAUUUGGCGCUCAUAAUGAUAACAGCACACGGCGGAAUAUUAGUGAAAAAGUUACGUGAAUAAAAUAAUUCCACGAAAAUCUAUCUAUAAAUAAAUCAUGUGGGUGAAUGGCCUUCUGCGAAUAUCAAUUUUGAUUACAAUUCAAAGUUUAGUCCUUGCGAGACCUGACUCCAGGAUCGAUGAUGAUUACGACGACGACUUUGUGCCUGGUGGCAGGCUACUGGGAGAUGUUAUAACUGUUGCUGGAGAUGUUGUGGAAGAUGUUCUUGUGGGUGGAGAGGGUACUACUACUACUCCACAACCAACAACUACGGUUACUACUCCAACAACAACAGUUCCGACCACAACUCCUACGACUACUCCAACAACGACUCCUACUACUCCUACUUCUACAACUGUUACAACUCCCACGACUGCAACGACACCUACUACUGGAACAACACCAACAACUACUCCAACGGGUCCAACGACCCCUACUGGAACAACUCCUACAACACCAACUACUACAGCUACAACUCCAACAACAACUCCUACAACAGCUACAACUCCAACAACAACUCCUACUACUCCUACGACACCUACAACUCAUACAACCACUGCUACAACUCAAACAACAACUCCUACAACCGUUACCACCACUCCUCCAACAGUUACUACAACUCCUACAACUCCCCACACUACUUCAACAACAACAGAUCCAACUGCUACUACCCCAACUGCAACCACAACUGAUCCAACUGCAACAACACCAGAUCCUACAGCAACCACAACAAUAGAUCCUUCUGCAAGUACCACUGCUGUUAGCACAACUACAGCAGCACCGAAUGGUGCCCUUCAAAAUAUUCUAGCCUGGGCGGCUGCAAUUGGAGCAGGAUUAUUCGUAAACGCUCCAAUGAUAAGAGCCGCUAUAUUGUUUGCUGUAGCACUCAUGGCGCUUACAGGACCUCUGAAUAUUUUCGGUGUCAUGAUAAUUUUCUUUGUUCAGAUGAUCAGACCCUUCUUACCAAUAUAAAACUAACUUACUCACAACAAUGUAAUAAAUAUCAAAUCAAUAAAACAGUGGAAUAUUGUUCAAAA